AUGGAGUCAGAUCUAAUAGAGAAGCUCCAGAAAUUCGAUCUAUCAACCAAAGAAGACAACGGAGUAACAUUAUCAAAUGAUGACAUAUCCCCAGGCAUCCAAGAAUGUUCACGCAGCUUAAUUGGAAAAAUUCAUGGAAUCAAAAGAGCAAACUUUAAUGGGCUCAAAGAAACGCUGUGCAAUAUCUGGAGGACCCAGCAGCCGUUCUCAAUUCGGCUUGUAGGAUACAAUCUCUUCCAAUUUGUCUUCCAAUCUGAAGAAGACAAAAACAAGAUUUUCUUGGGCAAAACCUGGAGUUUCGAUGGUCAAUACAUAAUUCUCAAGGAAUGGUCAACGAAUAGCAUCAACUGGGAAGAAGAAGCAAAGGUUGACCUCUGGGUUCAAAUCCAUGGCCUCCCCCUUCAUUGGAUCACCGAGGACACGGGGCUCAAAAUAGGCAAACUAUUCGCAAAUGUUAAAGAUGUUUUCGUCCCUGAUUUUGGCAGCAUCACUGGUCGGUGGAUUAAAAUCUUAGUGCAGAUAGAUCUCAACGAGCCCCUGCUCCGCGGCACUAAACUAAAGAUGGGCAAUGAUUCGAUUUGGGUAGACUUCAGAUAUGAAAAUCUUCAGUCCUUCUGCUACUACUGCGGGCUGAUUGGCCACAGUGAACGGGAAUGCAAUUGGAAAAAAGAGGACAUAAAAGAGAAUAAGCGGAACCCAGGCCAAUUUGGCGAUUGGCUUAAAGCCUCUACUGCACUCUCUUCAUUCAAUCGGGCUAGAUUCCUGCAGGACAGAGUCUCACACAAGUCCAGUAGCUCUGACAAACCCAGCGAAGCAGAAGAGUCCAACAAAACACCCACAACCCCAUUGCAUACUUCAAAUGUGGAAAAAACUACACCCAACCUCCAAACCUCAAAUAUACCUAGCCACAAUAAAAACUCCCCUGCUGUUGAUAUUCAACCUAUGAUUGUUGAAACCCCCCCAUAA